UCUUCAUCUACGUUUUUCUUCCUUUUUUUCUGCACCCGACUGUGCUCCUCAGUGGCGAUGACUUCACUGCUGACCCUGCUGGGAGCUGUGCUCUGCUCCCUGGCGGUUUCUUCCGAAGUCAUUCCUCCAGCAGACUUCAAUUUACAGGCGAUGGCAGGAAAGUGGUACCUGAUUGGAUUUGCCACUAACGCCCAGUGGUUUGUCACUCGCAAAGGCAGCAUGAAGAUGGGCAUGGCCAUUCUCACCCCAACUGCUGACGGGGACAUGGAGAUAUCAUACUCCAGUCUCAACUCUGAUGGCUCCUGUUGGAGGAUGAACAAUCUGGCCACCAAGACCAAGGUGCCCGGAAAGUUCACAUACACAAGUCAACGCUGGGGGAACAAGAACGACAUGCGCGUGGUUGACGUGAAGUACGACGAGUACGCUCUGACUCAGACCAUCAAGACCAAGGGGGAUGAUGCCACCGUUGUCAACAAACUAUACGGACGUGCAGUGGACCUCAGCCCUGAGCUGAUGGAGAAGUUCAGGCAGUUCUCUUUGGACACCGACAUCCUGCCUGACAACAUUGCUUUCCUUCCUAAAAACGCCGAGUGCCCUGCUGAAUAAUGUCCCGCCAUCAUGCCAGCGAUGUUUUCUGAGGACCUUGACAUUUGUGGUGAAACUUCUACAUCUUUUCCAACAUCGCCGCUACAAACUGAAACAGUUCAUUCGUUCUGCUUUCUCAAAUGUUAAGGAAAACUCUUAAUGCCAGAAAACAUGAUGUAAAGCCAGGUUUCAAGACUUUGCUGUAACCGAGCGCCAUCUUGGCAAAUAAAACAAAACGGCUAAAAUA